AUGGCGGAACAAACAGUCAGCGCAAGAGAAGGUAUCGAUGAACGACCGCCAUCUGAAAUGAUCCCCGGUAUCUUUCACAGAUUCGCCAUUCAGGAAGUUCUCGGUAUCACCGAUGUCAGACAUGACUCAGAAGACGACGAAGGGUCUCCUCCGGGAACUCCUGAUCAUGUAAGACAUCAAGACACCUCGCAGUACCGGCCAGGAGCUUGGAGCUUCCAGCCUCGAAUCUCGAGCGAAAACAGUAUAGCGAGCGGAGAAAGAACGCUUUUCAACAAGCUCACAGGAGCUCGUGCCUACCAUAACCCUCGUCGGAUGACCGUCGCACUGGAAAGCCCGAUGGUUUCCUACGCAACCCUCAAUGAAGAUGUAAUGCCAGAGUUAUAUGAAGUUCAACCGUUAACGAUUAUCGAGUUCGGGAUCCCUGUGGGGCAACCUGCAGCGACAUACGACAUGCAACGGGGCUCUGAUGAGGAGAGGAGUCUCGUCAUGACCAGUGUACGUUGCCCCUCCGAAGCAGUACCUAUCGAAACUGAAGUUACUUGCUUCCAUCCUUUAUCGACAGAGUAUAAGGUGGAUGACUCACUGAUGUAUUUGGGGGACGUCUAUGUCACAAAAGAGCAUAUGAAGAUCGUCGCAGACCUGGCGUCUUUCAAAAAUAUGUUUGAUCACGUGGCUUACGAGACCUCCAUGAACGAAAGGUCAGUAAGUGAAGUAUUGGUCGAUCCAGCCAGUAGAAGCUUUCCUUUCGACGAAGACGUCAAGUCAGCACCGUAUAUGCCCAGGUUCCGAGGUGAUAUCACCCUCGUGCGUACCGAUAGAUCCGAUAUCGAGCACCCACCGAAUACAACGGUUGCAAGCCACUUCCCCUUUCGAAAGAACGCCACAAGACCUUCAGCAGACGACGAGUUCAGCUUCCUGACAUUCGCUCAAGAUUCACCAGAGACAAUGCGCGGCAUUGAUGUCAUGAUCGCGCAUUCUCAUAUGGCAACGUGA